UCUUCCCAACGGAAGUUCCGCCACAGCAGCUUCCGGUCCGGGCGCGGAGCGGCGGCGGCUCCACCGGGGUCAGCGCGGCCAUGGCGAACCACCUGCGCUUCGUGGGCCGCACGGUGAUGGUGCAGAACGGGAACGUGGAGGCGGCGUUCGGCGUCCUCAACAGGAUCCUGGCUCAGGACGGCGUGGCCGAUGCCGUGCGGCGCUCCCGGUACUUCGAGAAGCCGAGCCGGGCGCGGCGGCGGCGCGCGUUCGAGGCGUGCCGGCGGGUGUACUGCGCCGAGAUGGCGCGCAGGAUCGCCUUCCUGGCGCGGAGCAGCCGCCAGGACCCGUGGCUGGGCUGCUAAGGGGGGCAGCCCCAAUAAAACCCUGUCGCUCUGCUCCCCGUUAA